GUUUUUGUUGAGCAGGCAAAAGAAGGGUGUCUGCAGCAAAGUUAAGCUUUCCGUCGGAUUACGAGAAGCUUUCUCUUUGUGGUGUUGUGUCACCCGGCAAGGGUGCAAUGUUCUUCCGUUCCACAUGAGCUCUACUAUGUGGUACAUUAUGCAGAGUAUUCAGAGUAAAUACUCACUGUCUGAGCGGCUUAUCCGAACCAUUGCAGCCAUCCGGUCCUUCCCACACGACAAUGUGGAGGAUCUUAUACGCAGGGGGGCAGAUGUAAACAGGAUGCACGGCACUCUAAAACCAUUGCACUGUGCCUGUAUGGUUGCCGAUGCAGACUGCGUGGAGCUCUUGUUGGAGAAAGGUGCAGAGGUGAAUGCCUUGGAUGGCUAUAACCGCACAGCGCUUCACUACGCAGCAGAGAAAGACGAGGGCUGUGUGGAGCUGCUGCUAGAGUAUGGCGCGCAGCCCAAUGCACUAGACGGAAACAAGGACACCCCCCUGCACUGGGCUGCUUUCAAAGACAACCCGGAGUGCGUCCGAGCCCUGCUGGAGAGCGGUGCCUGCCCCAACGCCCGCGACUACAACAACGACACGCCACUUAGCUGGGCUGCCAUGAAGGGCAACCUGGAGAGCGUUCGCGUGCUGCUGGAGUACGGCGCCCAGGUCCAUGUCACCAACCUGAAGGGUCAGACGCCUAUUUCCCGGCUGGUGGCCCUACUCGCCCGGGGCUUGGGCACAGAGCAGGAGGAGGAGUGCCUGGAGCUCCUGUGCCGGGCCGCGGGGAGGUUCGAGAUCCGGCGGGCCGAUGGUUCUCUCCCCCGAGAGCUCAGCAAAGAUCCGCAGCUCCUCGCCCGUCUGACCAGCAUGGUGGCCCAGCCGCCCUCUCUGCGUGCCCUGGCACGCUACACUGUGCGUGACAGCCUGGGGGUGCAGUACCUCCCCACUGCUGUCAAACAGCUCCCACUCCCUGAGUCGGUCAAAGAGUACGUGCUUCUCAGGGACUGAUGCUGAGACAGAACUGUCAGUAGGGGAUGAUAAACAAAGGAGGUAGCUGUCAACCAUGUACACAAGAAUUGAUUGUGAUUUGUCGUGAAAGAUUGUGACUUUCAGGCCCAUCUGUUGUUCAGUAACGUGUGUGUGUGUGUGUGUGUGAAUGAAUUACUUGAUUGUUCUGUUGUGCACCAAGUUUAUUUUUUCGCUCUUGUAUUCUCAGCGAUUUGGAUCAGUGGAUCAGAAUUGUGUCGCAGCAUAACUCCAGACACACAUGAAUAAGACGAGAGAGGGGUCAAUAGCUGUUUUACAUACCACGCAAGAAGUAGUGGAUAUGUAUUUCAAAUUGGCAUUACUAUAAAACCCAUGUAAAAUCUUCUGCUGGAUAAAACAGUAAUCACUGAUAGCAAAGUGACAACACUGAACUCUUGAAAAACAGCAGUUUUAAUAGGAUGUCAAAAAUAGUGUGAAGCACUUGAAUUAAAAUCUUUCAGCUGCUUGAUUGUUAAAGAUAAAUACAUUUAUAUAAACACAGUAUAUUUUUGUUUUGAUUGUUUUUAUGCUGAAGAGGAUAAGUGCUUAGUCAGAAAUGAGGAAGAGUGGAUCCUUUUUGACAUAAAACGAAUAGCUCAGUUGUUUUAAGCAGAUCGUACGUGACAGGUUGUUCAGGUUUUAACUUAUGUUUUCUUUGGUGCUGAUAAGGACGUAAGGGUUCGUGAACACUGUCUUUAACACUACAGUGAGUCAGUACGUUUCAUAUUCCUAAUAUAAUUAGAGUGUUUGAAAAUGACUAUUUCUUGAUUUCAUCAUGUAAUUACUAACCAGUUGUUUAACACAUGGCAUGGUUAUUCCCAGUUUUGAUUGUCCUCACAGAGGGUGAUCCAAAAUAUGGAAUUAUUAUUCAUAAGCAUUCUGUGAUAUCAAGUGACUCCUUUUUUUCCCCACUCCUUUUUCUUAUUCCUCUUAUUUGGUAUGUUUGUACAGUUGCUUGUUUUUAAAAUAAUUACAUAUGAC